AAUAUGCGAAAUAGCCAGAGACACAGAGCGCGAGAGAGAGAGCGAGCGAGAGCGAAGAGGAGAAGAGUCGAAGAAUGCAUUUGCAAUGCAUCGCUGCCGCGUUGUGUUCCGCCUCAUCUCGAACGGUCGAUGCUGGAGUGACAAUUCUUUCCUUUGGUGUUAAGUUUCCGUCCCUCGAGAGCAGUUUAUUGCGGUGCGAUUGAUGCACUGGCGAGGUGGUGAUCGGUUGCUGAUCACUUCCGGCGCUUCACGGAAUUUUGGACGAGGAGGCUGGAUUUCGAGAGGGAGAGCGAAAUAAGCUGAUUGCUGUUGAAGUGGCUCGUAAUGUGGAGCUAUGGCGAAAAGCUAUGGAGUUUAUACUGACAAAAUUGGCGUCAGUUUCUAUGUAUGAGACAACUUACAACAUACCCAAGGAAAUCGUUAGAGCUCAGCUGUCCAUCUCUCUUGGACUUGAAUAGCUAUCUUUUGAGUUUUUAAUUAAAUCUUCUCUAGAACAGAGUUUGAAAGCUUUUGAACUGCAUAGCUUGAUGGCAGACAGCCAGGGCUUUUCUAUGGCCGCAUCUAAGUGUGACCUGAAUAAGGGGAUGAAUGAUCACCGAGAUGAGGCAAGCAAGAGCAACCUAUACGGUAAUUUAUCGUCCUGUACAGAAACUCGCUCUAAAUGGACCAAUUUGGAAGUGUCAUCGAAGAAGAUGAUUUCCAACUCACCGCAUUUGUAUCCUAAACCGUCCUCAAUUAUCCUCCGCAUCAAACAACAUCCUCCCUCACUGGAGGUUCAUCUGCCGGAAGAGAGCUCUCCUAGUUCUUCAACAACUGAUUCCUCGGAUUCAGACAACAGUGGUGGAGGGACGCUGUCAUCCAGCACAGUGGAUAAGAGGUCAAAUGAUGAAGAUUCAGAUGCUGAGAGCACCUAUAAUGCUAACGGGGAGGUAACCUGCAUUGUCGAUUCUUUUGCUGAGCUGGAGAACGUGCAUGCAUCUGAAAAUCGUACCAUUUUGAUCCACCAUAUGGCUGAGGUUGCAUUGAACAUCAAAUUAGGGCCUACAGGAUUAUAUCUGGCCGUUCAACUUCUUGACUUGUACUGGAACCAUCAUCGUGAAAAGGGCAAGAUUUUGGACUCCGUACAGCUCCAAGUGCUUGCCCUCACUUGCGUCCAUGUCGCUAACAACCGCUUCAGUGGCAUUAAAAGAACCCCAGACGAAUUUUGUCGCUUAGCUGGUGUAGCAGAAGGAACUGUGAAAGGAUGCAUGAUUGUGAAACAAGAAGCAUCCCUCGAGGCUUUGCUGGGAGGCUCGCAAGUUGCAGCCACGAUCUCUACUUGGGGGUUAUGGCGUAAGAUGGGGCAUCCAGCUAAUCAGCAACAUUUAAUCCAGUUUGUAAGGUUGCUAAAGGGUUCUGACUUUGGAAACGCACACUUUCCACGUGAUCUCAUGGAAGGAUCACAUUCUGUGUGUAGUGCUUCAGCAUCGUCGAUUGAAGUUCUCACUACGAAUGCAGCUAAGGUUGUAAAUGCACUCUUGUCAUCAGCUCAAGGUUGUUCGACAACUUCAAGUGGCAAGAAAAGGCCCUUGGACAAACCAAUCGUGUUUGUGCCAAUGAAACGUAGUGCAGCUCAAGGGUGAAGAUAUUCGACGUCAAGUGCAUAUGCUGGGGUUUUUUGGUUAACCCCUUGUGACUAACAAUAAGCUGGUGAGUACAAUCUUGUAGGUGAUAAUUAUCACCAAAGAUUGGAAUGCCCAGGAUUUAUUUGUACAGUGUUAACACCAACAAUAAUUCUGCAGGGAGGAGUUUUGACUAGUUACACACCGUCAUGUUACUUGUAAAACAUUUAGUUUGACCAUAGAUUUCACUUGUUCAUACACCAAAUUCAGGGAAAAUGAAAAAAACAGAAAAAAAACACUCAUACUCUGACCCUUUUCAAGCUCAUUUCGGAAACUCUUCGGUGUGUUCCCCUGAACACAAUUAGUUGGUAGUCAGCUUUUAAAUCUCAUCAAGGUCACACAGAUAGCAUCUGAUGGCAUAUUGGAAGGGCAAAAUCUGCUGUAGGUAUCCUUGAGAACAGAUGUUAGCUCAUGUAUAUACAUUUAUCUGGCGCUCUUUCUUUCAAGAUUUGGUACAUAGUUGCAAUUUAGUUUGCAUCGCCGGCAUGUUUAAUAACUUUGCCUUGGUUGUAGCCCCUCGGUUGCACUGUAUGGCACAGGAUGGUGGUAAAUUUUCUCUGUACAUAAACUCAAUAAAACAAUUCUUUCACCGGAA